AUGACGACCCAGGUUCUUCCCGCUUCCGCCAGCUCGGCCUACGACUACAUCAUUGUCGGCGGCGGCACGGCUGGUUGCGUCCUCGCUUCUCGCCUCUCCUCCUACCUCCCCGAGCGCAAGGUUCUCAUGAUCGAGGCUGGCCCCUCCGACUUCAACCUCAGCAACGUCCUCAACCUCCGAGAGUGGCUCAGCCUCCUCGGCGGUGACCUCGACUACGACUAUGGCACAACCGAGCAGCCCAAUGGCAACAGCCACAUUCGGCACUCUCGCGCCAAGGUCCUUGGUGGUUGCUCUUCUCACAACACCCUGAUCUCUUUCCGUCCCUUCCGUCAUGACAUGGAGCGAUGGGUUGCUCAGGGCUGCAAGGGCUGGGACUUUGAGAACGUGAUGCGCCAUGUUGACAACCUCCGCAACCAGCUGAACCCCGUCCACCCUCGUCACCGUAACCAGCUGACCAAGGACUGGGUCAAGGCCUGCUCCGAGGCCAUGGGCAUUCCCGUCAUCCACGACUUCAACCACGAGAUCAGCGAGAAGGGUCAAUUGACCCAGGGCGCUGGCUUCUUCUCCGUCUCCUACAACCCCGACACCGGCCGUCGCAGCAGCGCCUCGGUCGCCUACAUCCACCCUAUCCUCCGCGGUGACGAGCGACGACCUAACCUGACUGUGCUUACUGAGGCCCACGUCUCCAAGGUUUUCGUCGAGAACGACGUCGCUACCGGUAUCGCUGUUACUCUCAAGUCCGGCGAGAAGCACGUCCUCCAUGCCCGCAAGGAGACCAUCCUGGCUGCUGGCGCUGUUGACACUCCUCGCCUGCUCCUUCACUCUGGUAUUGGCCCCAAGGCCCAGCUGGAGGGUCUUGGUAUCCCUGUUGUCAAGGACAUUCCUGGUGUCGGCGAGAACCUCCUCGACCACCCCGAGACCAUCAUCAUGUGGGAGCUCAACAAGCCCGUUCCUGCUAACCAGACCACCAUGGACUCGGACGCCGGUAUCUUCCUCCGACGAGAGCCCACCAACGCUGCUGGCAACGACGGCGAUGCUGCUGAUGUCAUGAUGCACUGCUACCAGAUCCCCUUCACUCUCAACACCGAGCGACUCGGAUACCCCGUCAUCAAGGAUGGUUACGCCUUCUGCAUGACCCCCAACAUCCCUCGUCCCCGCUCCCGCGGCCGUAUCUACCUGACUUCGGCCGACCCUACCGUCAAGCCCGCCCUUGACUUCCGCUACUUCACCGACCCCGAGGGAUAUGAUGCUGCUACCCUGGUCCACGGUAUCAAGGCUGCUCGCAAGAUCGCUCAGCAGAGCCCCUUCAAGGAGUGGCUCAAGCAGGAGGUCGCCCCUGGCCCCAAGGCUCAGACUGAUGAGGAGAUCAGCGAGUAUGCUCGCCGCGUCGCCCACACUGUCUACCACCCCGCUGGUACCACCAAGAUGGGUGAUAUCGAGCGCGACGAGAUGGCCGUCGUUGACCCCGAGCUCAAGGUUCGCGGCAUCGGCAAGCUGCGCAUCGUUGAUGCCGGUAUCUUCCCUGAGAUGACCACUAUCAACCCCAUGGUGACCGUGCUCGCCAUUGGUGAGCGGGCUGCCGAGCUCAUUGCUGCCGAGGAGGGCUGGAAGCCCAAGCACGCCCGCCUCUAA